ACUUCACAAUCCGCAAGCAUGCAGGUCUGUGUUGUGUCUGUUUAAUUUUUCAUACUUACUUACGUAACCUAGCAGCAGACUUCCUUACGUUUUGUUGUGAAAGUUGACUGGCUCAGACUGGACUGUGUCAAUAUUCUUGACUUCUUGACAAGAUGGGUAAACACGAGGUUGGGACACCCAAGUACAUAGCAAACAAAAUCAAGGCGAAAGGUCUACAAAAACUAAGAUGGUACUGUCAGAUGUGUCAAAAACAGUGCCGAGAUGAAAAUGGUUUUAAAUGCCACAUGACAUCAGAAUCUCAUCAAAGACAACUAUUAUUGUUCGCUGAUAACGCUUCUAAGUACCUGAGUGAAUUUUCUAAGGAGUUUGCUGAUGGUUACCUGGAACUGUUAAGGCGCCAAUUUGGAACUAAACGAGUCCCCGCAAAUCGAGUUUAUCAGGAUUACAUUGCUUGGAGAGAACACAUACACAUGAAUGCUACAGAAUGGGAAACGUUGACUGAAUUUGUUAAGUACCUGGGAAGAGAGGGUAAAUGUGUUGUUGACGAAACUGAAAAAGGGUGGUUUGUCACAUACAUUGACAGAGACCCUGCCACAAUCGCACUACAGGAAGCGUUAGCAAAGAAGGAGAAAAUGGAUCGUGAUGACCAAGACAGAAUGAUGCAAUUUUUAGAAAAGCAGAUUGAGCGAGGUAAAGGAGUAGGUUCGUCUCAUGACCAUGUUGCAACUGACUUAGUGAGGUCCAAUGAAUCUGAACAAAUCAAGCUUAACCUUGCUCUAAAGAAGAAAGAAGAAGAUGAGAAUGCGAAACGAUUAGCACCCACUGAAUUCAAAUUACCCUCUACAAAGAAAUAUUUUUCAAGUAGUGCCAGCACUUCUGGAAGCAUUCGGGAAAAAGGUGAAAAACGGAAAGCAUCAGCACUAGAUGAUAUUAUUAAGGAAGAGGAAAAUAGAAAAGAAAAUGCUCAUCGAAAACCCAACUGGCUUACUGAGAAUAUUGUUGUAAAAGUAAUGACAAAGUCUCUAGGAGAAAAGUACUACAAGCAAAAGGGGGUUGUUGUAGCUCUAAAGGACAAAUUCUCUGCUGUUGUCCGUUUAUUUGACUUGAAUGUGAAACUGAAGCUUGAUCAGGCUCAUUUAGAGACAGUUAUUCCUGCCAUAGGCCGCCAAGUUUUGAUUGUUAAUGGAGCAUAUAGAGGAAAUACAGCCACACUUGAAAAGCUGGAUACUGACAAGUUUUGUGCUACUGUAAAAAUUGAUUCUGGUCCAUUAAAUGGAAGAGUAAUACCAAGUAUAGAGUAUGAAGAUAUCUCCAAGCUGCAUUCUGAUUAGUCAAUGGAUUUUCUCUCGAUUCAACAUACUGUGACUAUUUCUCUAAACUUCCAAAUUCCAUAGCUGCAUUUCUUCACUGUGGUGAAACUGCUGCAGUGCUCUCCAACCGUAUAAUUGUGCAGAACACUUCAUUAAUAUUACAACUUCAUUUACAUU